AUGAAAGCGUACAAGCAUUUAUAGCUCAUAGGUAUUGUAUUGCUUAUUUCAGCUCUACAGUUCACUGCAACAGCUAAAUAGCAAGAUAUUUCUUUUAGCAAGAACUUUCUUGAUUCUGAAAUAGUUGAUGUCAUUUGGUGUGGCACCGACACAUAGAAUGACUAAAACGUUUUGGUUCAAACUGAUAGUGGAACCAUUUAUAGAUCUUAAAACAAAAUGGUACACUUCGAAAAUAUUAGCGAUAAUCUUGUUAAUGCUGGUAUCAAAUAUGUAGCUGAUAAUAGUUAAAUAGUAGAAAGUGAAGUUAUUAGAAUGAUAAGAAGUCAAGCUAAUCCUAAUGUUAUUGUUCUUUAAGGCAAAAAUGAAGUCAACUGGGUAACAAGAGACUGCGGUAAUACAUUUAGAGCCUUUUCAAGAAAGAAAGAUAGAAUAAACACAUUUAAGUUGCAUCCCAGUUAAGAAGCAUGGAUGUUAGCAAGCACUAAUAACGUUUGUGCCAAAAGCUAAAAAGCUCCAUGCUUUUCUUUUGCUAUACUAUGGUUAAGUAAAGAUUUAGGAAAUAGUUGGGAGAAGCUUACUCAAUAUGUUUACAAAUUCGAAUGGGGUAAUUUAAACUUUACUAAUAGCUAAGUUCCUCAACAAAGAAUAUUUUGGGUUUAAGAAGAUGGAAAUAAGCAAAACCAAAAUAGAUAUGGAUUGCAUGAAAAAAGAAACUUUUAUUACAGCGAUGACUUUUUAGCUUCAAAGAAGCUACUCAUGACCAAAGGAAAUGUCUUUUACAUUGAUUAUAAUUACCUUUAUGUUGUUCAACUUUUAGAAUAAAAUUCAUAGCAAGUUAACCUAAAAGUUGCUAAUCCUUAAGACUUAGAUAUUAAAUUAAGGGAUGUUUAGUUAGGCGAGAAGCUGUAAAACCAUAAGUUUACAAUUUUAGAUACUCGUGAAGGAUAGGUUUUCUUAAAUGUAAAUCAUUUAGGUUCAACAUCUCCUAUGGGUACUCUUUAUAUAUCAGACUCAUUAGGUGCUCGCUUUUCCUCAAGCUUGUAGGGUCAUCUUAGAAGUGAAAAUGGUGAUACAGAUUUUGAGCGCUUACAUGGAAUUUAUGGAAUUUAUAUAGCAAAUGUUUAUGAAUAAAAAAGAAGAGAAGAGUUUGAGAAUAUGUAUGCAAGCGAAUAAAAUGAUGAUGAUGAAAAUUAAGGAUAAGACUCCAAAAAUAAAAAAAGCAAUACAUCAAUUAAAUAGGAUAAAAAAGCAGUAAAGAUGAAAGAUUUGGUCACCCAAAAAAUAUAGACAAUGAUUACUUUCGAUAAAGGUGGUAUGUGGAGUAGAAUUAAUGCUCCAACCACAGACUAGGAAAACAAAGAAAUUAAAUGUGGUGACAACUGCUUCUUAAAUAUACAUUCUAAUUCUAAUGACUUAUAUAAUUCAUUCUACUCAUCAAAAAAUGCUGUAGGUUUAGUUUUAGCAAAUGGAAAUGUUGGUAAGUAUCUUUCACAUAGUCCAACUCAAGUUAAUACUUACCUUUCAAGAGAUGCAGGUUUAACUUGGAAAUAAAUUAAAAGAGGAGCUUAUGUUUUCGAAAUAGGUGAUCAUGGUUCAAUAAUAGUUAUGGCUAAAGAUAAGGAUUAUGGAACCACUAAAUUUAUCGAAUAUACUUUAGAUGAAGGUAUUACUUGGAACCAAGUUUAAAUAUCAGAUACUGAUAUCGAAAUAGAUAAUAUAAUAACAGAGCCAUCAAAUACUGGAACCUCAUUCAUGGUUCUUGCAAAAACACUAUCAACAGAUAAAAAAUAAUAUGGAUUAGCUAUAACAAUAGAUUUUGCUAAUCAGUUUAAUAGAAACUGUUCUGGUGCAACAAGUCCAGAUGAUCCUGAUUCUGAUUAUGAAAAAUGGAUACCUCAUAGCUAUAAAUCAUCUCAAUGUCUCUUAGGUUAGAAAGUGACUUACUCACGUAAAAAACAAGAAUCUGUUUGCUUAAAUGGAGAAGAUUAUGAAAGACAAAUAGAACUUUAAGCAUGUGUCUGCUCUGAAGAAGACUGGGAGUGUGAUAUCGGCUAUAUUAGAAAUGGAUAAAAUGGUCCAUGUGUAAAGGAUGGAACACUUAGUGAUGAAGAAUAUGAAGGAGUGAUCCCAGAAAUAUGUACUGAUUAUUAUUAAGUAAGUAGAGGUUAUAGAAAAAUUCCUUACAAUACAUGCUAAGGAGGUGUAAAUUAUUCAGCGGAAACUAGAAGAUGCCCUGGAAAUUCAAUUUUUAGCUUUAAUACUUUAAAAAAUUUGAUUCUUUUGAUUUUAGCUAUUGCAGCUAUUUAUUAUGGAAUUCAGUAUAAGAGUUAACUCUCUAGCUUGUUAAUUUACUUAAGUUCUUUGAUCCCUCUAAUUUAUUCUCAUCGUAAAGAUUAUAUUGACUUUUCCAAAGCAAAGUCAGACCAUGAAGAAAAGGAAAAUAAAUUUAUGAAUCUAUUUUCAUUUAGCAACAAAAAAAAUGUUAAUCAUUACAGCAACGUAAAUGAAAGUGAAGAUUAUGAAGAUAGUGAAGAUCAUUAACAUCUUAAUAACCAAAAUUACAAUCAUUUAAAUUAACAUAACUAUUUUACUGAUAACCAAGAUGAAGAGAGUCAUUAUGAUUGA